CCACCGGAAGUAAUAUAUUUUUGGCAUAUGUGAUUUUUGUGUAAAUAAUGGCAAAAUUUUGUGGUUUUUGUGUUAGAAAACAUAGUUAAGUGAUUUUGGUGAAAAAAUCUCAAAGUUAAUGUGAUCGUCAAUGCAUUUAUCGGACAAUUCAGUUACCUAAACAGAAUGGUUGUUGUUUAACUCCAGCUCCUCUUCGUACUUCUUCUCUUAGCAUUUGCUUUCUCUAAUGAUCUACUUUGAAUAUUGGUGAACUUUGGAAUAUUCCUGCAGUGUGCUAUAAAGAUAUUUCACCUAAUAUACCGGUACGUAUCGAGUUCAAAUUUUACGAAGGGGUGUUUGGAUUAUGUUUUGAGUUGAAAUUGAACAGCCCAAUCCUGUUAACUUGGUGUUUAGUAUUACAUUGAUCUGACCUCUACCAUGGUUUUUAAAUGUUUGGCAAUCUAAAAGCAAAGAUUGGAGUACAGUACAAUUUCCCAAAACUAUAUAUGGUAACCCCACCACUAAACCAAAACAUGGUAAGUCUAUUUUUCUGUAAAAGUAAGCACGUAUUUUCUUCCAUGAUAAAAAAACCAUUUUUUAACCACCAGAGACAACUCUUGUACAGUUGUAGCUCAAGUUUUGUAGCUCUAAGCUCCAGUGGUGCCCUCUCGGAAGCCUUAUUCGAAAUGGCAAAACAAGGCCUCGAAGUGAAAUUCAAGGAAUACGAUACUCUGUUAAACGAAUGUAUAAACCAAAUGGCUAUAAGAGAAGGCCAAAGGGUACAUGCUCACAUGAUCAAAACCCAUUAUCAACCUCCAGUGUACCUCAGAACAAUGCUGAUUGUUUUCUACAUAAAAUGUGGCCUUUUAGGUGAUGCUAGGUGGGUAUUCGACGAAAUGCCUCAAAGGAAUGUUGUUUCUUGGACUGCCCUCAUUUCUGGUUAUUCUCAAAAAGGCCAUGUCUCUCAAGUUAUCCAUCUUUUUCUUCAGAUGUUGACAUCAGGUACUGCGCCAAAUGAGUUCACUUUUGCAACAGUGCUUGCAUCUUGUACCAGUGGCAUUGGGUUUCACUUUGGGAGACAAAUCCACUGUCUCUUAGUAAAGAGCCCUUUCGAAUCACAUGUAUAUGUGGGAAGCUCACUCCUUGAUAUGUAUGCCAAAGCUGGCAAAAUUCAUGAAGCUCGAUAUGUUUUUGACAACUUGCCAAAGAGAGAUGUCGUCUCUUGCACUGCUAUUAUCUCAGGCUAUGCUCAACAGGGACUAUUUAAAGAGGCACUAGAGCUUUUUCGCAAGUUGCAGGCAGAGGGAAUGUCUUCCAACUAUGUUACAUAUACUAGUGUAUUAACAGCUUUGUCAGGACUUGCUGCAUUUGAACAAGGUAGACAACUGCAUGCCCGUAUUAUUCGAUUGGAACUGCCCUUCUAUGUGGUGCUUCAGAAUUCUCUCAUUGAUAUGUACUCGAAGUGUGGAAAAUUCACUUAUUCAAGGACGAUAUUCAAUCAAAUGUCUGAAAGAACUGUGAGCUCCUGGAAUGCCAUGCUUGUUGGUUAUACUAAACAUGGGAUGGGAAAGGAGAUGGUUGAAAUCUUCAAAAUGAUGAGAGAAGAAAACAAAAUUAAGCCUGAUGGCAUCACUCUUUCGGCUGUGUUAUCUGGUUGCAGCCAUGGAGGAAUGGAGGAUAAAGGUGUGGAGAUUUUUAACUUUAUAAGUACUGGAAAAGACGGGGUUGAGGUUAGCAUUGAGCACUGUGGUUGUGUGGUUGAUUUGCUAAGUCGAGCUGGACAAGUAGAAAGGGCCUUCCAAUUCAUCAGAGAGAUGCCUUUUCAACCAACUGCCGCAAUUCUGGGUUCACUUUUAGGUGCUUGUUGGACUCACAUGUAUGUUGAUAUUGGUGAAAUUGUAGCCAAACAACUUUUGGAGAUAGAACCAGAAAAUCCUGGAACUUAUGUAAUUCUUUCAAACAUGUAUGCAUCGGCAGGAAGGUGGGAAGAUGCUAGAAGAGUAAGAGAGUUGAUAGAUGAAAGGGCCAUUGUAAAGGAAUCCGGAAAAAGCUGGAUUGGUCCUGCUUUUAUCCAUGAUGCAGAAAAGGAUACUGGCAAAACAUAAUGGAAUGAGGAGUUAGGGUCAAGGAAGGUACUUAUAUUCCUGAUCAGACUUUAUCUUGUUUACUAUGGAUGAGAAGUGAAAAAAGAAAAUGCUGCUCCAUUGCUCCCAAGGUAGAGCUCAAACACAGCUCAGUUUGAUGAUUUACUGUGUACAUUCACAUGGAGAUAUUGGUAAAAGAAUUCAAGUCUUGCUCCCAAAUGGAAUAAAGCAUAGAUAACAACUUGACAAGAAAACUUGAUAUUGGUUCUUGUAUAUAACGGGGUUGAGUUUUAUAAAGGACUCUUAGAGCAGCUCACAGGUUUUCUUCUUAUUGUGAAGUAAUCAACUCUUCAAAGUGUGCGCAUUUUCACAAACAUAAUUAAAGUUCUGUUGCUUCU